AUGCAACCUGGAUGGCAUGCAAUUGUAAAAACAUCACAGAAUAUUGCUGAACAUUUUGCAGCAUGCAAAGAUUACCAUGCCGGUUGUCAUAAAUGGUCUCAAGCUGGUGAAUGUAGUCGUAAUGCGUGGAUGCUAGAGAACUGUCGUCAAUCGUGUCGAUCGUGUAUGGACGAAAAUGAAUUGCGACGACGAUGUCGUGUCACCAUUCGAAGACAUCCCUUCGAAUUGCAACGAUUUCAAAACGAUAUCGAUUAUGAAUUCAACUGA